AUGGACCCCAACGAAGAACAGCCACCGCCGGAGCCAACUCUGCCCAGCCAGGAGCAGAUGCGGGCACGGCGUCUUGCCAAGCUGGGCGCGACCACGCCGUCCUCCACACCGAAAGACACAGACAGAGCCGGCGACAGCACAGUCCCGACAGCGUCGACGUCGUCGACCUCUCCCUCCACAUCCACGCGACAACCGGCCACCGCAUCAGCGGGAACAGGUAAUGAUGACCACGUCUGCCUUGCAGCUCUGCAGGGAGACCACAGCCACCCCACAAAAAGGUCGCUUGCCGACGUUGAUCCAGCUGCAGCGAGCCCCUCUGGCGCCCCAACUGACCCGCCGGCACGGCGGCCGGGUGCCGCAACCGCGUCCACAACCCCAGCGACAACCCCAGCGACCUCGAAACCGGCUACGGCAGCCGUUCCGACACCGACUCCCGCCACCCUCUCCCCUGCCGACGCCCUGGCCGAGUGGACCGAUCACGUCAUAUCCAGCACGCUCCGCGUGACCAUCGAGUCGAGUCGGACGCGCGACCGCCACGGCCACCAGGUCGCGUUCCUGCCAGGCCUGCGGAGCGAGAUCCUCGAGCGCAAUGGCGAGACCGAGAGCGACAAGGCCGAAUCAUCCAAGAAACCGCUGCGCCUCACCAUCGAUGACAUCGAUCCGGCCAUCCUCGAGGCGUCGACGGAGAUCAACCACAAGCGGCCGCUGCUCGACUACCUGCUGCCGUGCUACAAGGCGGCCAGCCGGCUGCUCAAGACCCGCGUCACGAGCACGGAGCGGCUUGCCGUGCUGCACGAGCUCAAACGACUCUGCAUGUGCAACAUCGUCUUCGCCUUGACAAUGCCGGAUUACUUUGGCCGGGAACCAAAUCGGGAGCACGACACAAUCGUGCCGUAUCUGCUGCGCGGCGUGCGGCCGGACGACGUGCUGAGCCUGGACAUGGACUUCAUCACGGAUGCGGUGGCGCGGUUCGACGACGACGAUGACGGGCAGGUACAGGAGAUCUUCACGCGAGCGAUGGUAGAGAUCAGCUCGAAGCUGGCGACGAUGACGAUGAACGACGAGUAUCUGCCCUACAUUGAGGUGCUGCUGACAUACUCGCGGUUCAAGCCGCUGCUGGUAGCACUGGCACGACACCCGUCCUUCCAGAUGGCACAGUCGGCGCCCAACAUUGAGCGGUUCACGCUGCUGGGCCCGUUCUUCCGCAUCUCGCCGCUGCAGCACGAAGUGUCGACGGCGUACUUUGGCGGGCACCACAAGGUGGAGAUGCCGCGCAAGGAGACGGUGUACAGCGCUCUGCAGAUGACGGUCAAUACGCACCAGGCGAACCUGCACUCGAUCGCGAUGGCGUUUGCACGGGCGGGCGACGGGCCGCGGAACCGACUGCUGGACUGGUUUGCGUACGCGAUGAACAUGAACCACAAGCGGCGGGCGAUGCAGGUCAGUAGCAAGGAGGUGGCCUCGGACGGCUUCAUGAUGAACGUGGCAGCGGUGCUGGACCGGAUGUGCGAGCCGUUCAUGGAGGCCAACUUCUUGCGGAUGGAGCGGAUCGACAUCGACUACCUGCGGCGCAAGCCGCGGAUCAACAUCACGGACGAGACGAAGCUGAACGCGGACCAGGCACAAUCAGAUGCGUUCUACGGGAAGCCGGCGGGCGGAGAGAAUAAGUUUGUCAGCGAGCUGUUCUUCCUCAACAUGGCGUCGCACCACUACGGCAGCGGGGCAGCGGGUCAGCGGUACAAGGACAUUGACCGGGAAAUCAAGCACAUGGAGGGCCAGCUGGCGAUGCUGGAGGAAGAGCGCAAGAAACUGCUGGCGACGGCGGCAGCAAACCCGCGGGCGAUGGUGCUGGUGGAACAGCAUCUCAAGACGUACACGGCGGCAAUCGACCGACAUGUGUCGUACAAGUACGCGCUGGAGGCAGUGCUGUCGGACGAGAAGAUGCAGGUGCGGUCGCUGAUGUUCAUGCGGUACGUGUCGGUGUGGCUGCUGCGGGUAGCCAGCCGAUCGGACUACACGCCGGACAAGGAGUUGCAGCUGCCGCUGCCAGGCGACGAGCCAGAGGCAUUCAGCUGCCUGCCGGAAUAUGCGCUGCAGAACGUGGUGGACCACUUCAAGUUCCUGUUCCGGCGAGUGCCACGGAUCCUGCCGUCGGCCGUGGGCGAUGAGAUGGUGGCGCUGUGCAUCACCUUCCUGGAGUCGUCCGAUUACAUCCGCAACCCGUACCUCAAGUCGUCGCUGGUGUCGCUGCUGUACUCGGGAACGUGGCGGAUGUACCACCUGACCAACGGAGUGCUGGGCGACGCACUGGCCAACAGCAAGCUUGCGAACCGCCACCUGUUGCACGCGUUGAUGAAGUUCUAUAUCGAGUGUGAGUCCACGGGUGCACACACGCAGUUCUACGACAAGUUCAACAUCCGCUACGAGAUCUUCCAGGUGAUCAAGGCCGUGUGGCCAAACGACCUGUACAAGCAGCAGCUGACACAGCAGAGCCGGACAAACCGGUCUUUCUUUGUGCGGUUCGUCAACAUGCUGCUCAACGACGCCACCUACGUGCUGGACGAGGCGCUGUCCAAGUUUCCCAAGAUCCACGACCUGCAGAAGGAGCUGCAGGAGGGCGGCAGCCAGCUGACUCCGGAGGUGCGGCAGCAGAAGGAAACAGAGCUGCAGCAGGCCGAGAGCCAGGCGCAGUCGUACAUGCAGCUGGCCAACGAGACGGUGGCGAUGAUGAAGCUGUUUACGGAGGCGUUGAGCGACGCGUUUACGAUGCCGGAGAUCGUGUCACGGCUGGCCGGCAUGCUGGACUACAACCUGGUCACGCUGGCCGGACCGGCGUCGCGCAACCUCAAGGUGGACAACGCGGAGAAGUACUUUUUCAACCCCAAGGUGCUGCUGCCGCAGCUGGUGGAGCUGUAUCUCAAUCUGGGCGACAAGCAGUCGUUUGUCGACGCCGUCGCCGCCGACGGCCGCUCCUACAAGCCCGACAUCUUUUCCAACGCGACGCGCAUCCUCGCGACCAAGGGCCUGAUGGACCCGGCCAAGCUGCAGGCCUGGGAUGCGCUGAUGGCCCGCUUUGCCUCCACCAAGGAGCUGGCCGACCAGGCCGAGACUGAUCUCGGCGAGAUCCCGGCCGAGUUUGAGGACCCCAUCAUGGGCGAUCUGAUGCGCGAUCCCGUCAUCCUGCCCUCGCGCCACACCGUCGACCGCUCCACCAUCACGCAGCACCUGCUGUCCGACCCCAAGGACCCGUUCACGCGGCAGCCCAUGACCAUGGAUGAUGUCGUGCCGGAUGUCGCGCUCAAGCAGCAGAUUGACGACUGGAAGGCCGGCCGGAUCGCGGCCGCACGGGCGAAGCUCGAGGGGACCGGCGGGGCGGCCGGCGAGGCCAUGGACACGCGUGAGGAGUGA